AUGGCCCAAUCCAAACAAUUAGUCUUAGGCUACGAUGGUGUCCAUCCCUUUUCAGAAGUCAAGAUCAGUGAUCGAGCGUCUGUCCAGGAAUUGUUGAAGACAUUGCUGGAUCCCUUAAAGACACAUUUCUCUCCUCUCAAAGCGAGGAUCAGAGUCCCGGGUGGGACAGCUGUGAGGUUUGAUCAAACGGCUGCGGAAGUGGAAGGAAUUUGGAGACCAGCGUGGGGAUUGGCUGCGUUGCUGGCUGGUGGUGGGACGUAUGAUGGUACGGAGCUGUGGAUUGAAGCUGUGAAGCAGGGAACGAAUCCCGAGAGUCCUGAGUAUUGGGGCGAUCCAAGGGACAAUGACCAAAGAAUGGUUGAAAUGUGUCCGAUGGGAUUUACGCUUGCUGUUGCUCCCGUAUUUUGGGAGUCUUUGAAUGAGAAGGAGAGGAGUAAUGUGGAGAGGUGGUUAGGAAACAGCAUCAAUGAGAAGAAUAUGCCGAAUACCAAUUGGCUGUGGUUCCGAGUCUUUGCAAAUCUUGGGUUGAAGAAAAACGGUGGGAAGUAUUCACAGGAGAAAAUCGAGCAAGAUAUUAUCCAUCUCAAUUCAUUCUUUAGAGGUGAAGGUUGGUCCAAUGAUGGACCCGUUGGAGUCUGGCAGCAGGAUUACUACAGUGGAAGUUUUGCCAUCCAGUUCCUGCAACUCCUGUACGCGAAACUCGCUGGAGAAGAUGAUCCCGCAAAGGCUGCCGAGUUCAAAAAGAGAGCCCAGGAUUACGCGCUGGAUUUCGUCCACUAUUUUGAUGAAGAGGGCAGAGCAACACCAUUUGGUCGAAGUGUUGGGUAUCGAUUCGCUAUGGCUGCGUUCUGGGGUGCAUGUGCAUACGCCGACAUUGAGCUCCCAGCACCCUUGACCUGGGGAAUUGUGAAGGGUCUCCUUUUGAGAAACCUUCGCUGGUGGCAAACACAGCCGGAAAUCUGGAGUCCGACAGGAACUCUGACGGUUGGGUAUUGUUUCCCCAACAUGUAUAUGGCGGAGAACUACAACUCGCCUCAGAGCCCGAUGUGGGCGUGUCUUGCAUUCAUAUGCUUAGCUGUUCCUCGGGAUCAUCCAUUCUGGACAUCAGAAGAAGAGCCGUAUCCGACACAGUUGAUACCAAAAAUCAAGGCUCUGAAGCACCCUGGACACAUAACCAGCUAUCUCGGUGGUCAUCGCCUGAUUCUAUCGUCGGGCCAAGCCUGCAGCUACCCAAUGAAAGGAACUCAUGCAAAAUACGGAGCGUUCGCUUACAGCAGCGCUUAUGGAUACUCUGUACCUACCGGAUGCUACACUCUCGAGCAAUUCGCACUCGCUUCUCAGCUCGGGGUGUCAGAUGACGGUGGUGAUAUCUGGAAGACUCGUCGUGUCUGUGAAGAGGCAGUGAUCGAGACGCAUGAGGAUCAACCGGUUUUGAAGUCCAUCUGGAAACCAUUCCCAGACGUCAAGAUCAAGACAUACCUCCUUCCACCUGUCGAAUCAAGUCCCAACUGGCAUCUACGGGUCCAUAAAAUCGAAGCUGGGCGUGAAGUAAUGACUGCAGACGGGGCCUUUGCAAUUUAUAACGAGACGAAGCCAAACGGUCGAUAUCUUGAUCUCUACAAUUCAAAAACCUGUGAAGGAACCUUACCAAAGAUCAUCGGAAACUACGAUCUUAACACUCCAGAAGGAAGCUCGCCAGGGGCGAGUGGUGCUUUUGCUGUGUCCAAAGGAGCUGUAGGCAUUGUUGCCCUCGAAGCUGAUACGCAAAGAAUUGCUAUGCAUGUCAACGCUGAUCCCAACUCGAAUAUUGUUGAGAGUAGAACUAUCAUCCCGACUCUCCAGCAUACGAUUAAGAAGGGCGAGACUGUUUGGUAUGUGACGGCAAUUUAUGCCAAACCAUCGGGAGAAAAGGUGCAGCCGUCAACAUAUCUUGAUGGCUGGGACAACAGACCUGCUGUCCCCAAAUGGCUUACAGCGGAGAUCUCAGGGUAG